AAAGCCUCUGCGUGUGUUGUUCCUGUGUGUCCUACUUUAACAGUAAUUUUAAUGUCCACUUUAUCUUUCGAUGCUAAACUCUUUAAGCGCGUAAUUUAGACGUCGCGCGGACACGUCAAAACACUUCAGAAUUUACCGAUUUUGAGACCAAGAUGGCUUUAAAGUUCUGCGAUGCGUUUUGGGGUGCUGACAUAGCCGACCAAUCAGGUUAUGAGGCUAUAUUGCAGAGGUUACAGGAUGGCAGACACAUGUGCAAAGAUGUGGAGGAUCUGUUGAAAAUGAGAGCAAUAGCGGAGGAGAAGUAUGGAAGAGAGCUUGUGGCCAUUGCUCGAAAGGCAGAGGGUCAAACCGAGAUUGGAACAUUAAAGUCAUCGUUUGACAAGAUGAAAGCAGAGAUUGAAAAGACAGGAAACCUGCACAUCCAGCUAUCAGAAAGGAUAAGGGAGGAAGUUCAAAAACUAGAGGCAUUUCGAGAACACCAGAGGGAACAGAGAAAAAAGCUUGAAGAGAUUAUUGAAAAACUUCAGAAGCCUAAAAUUGUGUUACACAAGAAGACAGUAGAGUCAAAAAGGUUAUAUGAUCAGAGAAGUAAGGAGGCUGAUGAAGCUGAGCAAGCAGUGGGGAAGAAGACAAAUGUGAAUGCCUCCACCCAUCGGCAAUCAGAAAAGGUGCUGAACAGGGCCAGAUUGUGCAUGCAAGCAGCCAUCCUGGCAGAAAAGCAGUACAGGUGGAAUGUUGAUCAGCUGGAGAAAACACGCCAGGACUGGGAGAGCACAUACAGGAGCGCGUGUGAGGUGUUUCAGCAGCAGGAGUCUGAACGCAUUAAUAUCUUGCGCUGUGUGUUAUGGGAUCACUGUAAUAUGCUGUCUAUGCAGUGCAUCAGGGAUGAUGAGUGCUAUGAGGAAGUACGGAAGAUUUUAGAGCAGUGUGAAAUCAUCACUGACAACAACUGCUUCAUUGAGAUGAAAAAGACUUGCUGUCAUCCACCAGCUCCCAUUGAGUUUCAGUGUUACUGUAACAUGGACACUAAUGGAAGUGUGAUGGAAAUGGAAUCUGUUGUGGUGCCCUCUAGUGGGUGCCCCGAAGCAGACAGUAAGUUGGGUGAAACAUACACUCCUGCUCAAGAAAGAGGAGGUGUCCCUGAGGAGAAGUACGUGGUGUUAUAUGAUUUUAAGGCGCAGGAAGCAGAUGAGCUUUCUAUCAAUAAAGGAGAAGUUGUCACAGUUACUGAGAAAGGCAAGGAUGGGUGGUGGACAGCAUGGAGGAAUGGCAUAUCUGGGCUGGUCCCUGGAACAUACUUGACCAAAAUCUCACUGCAGAGUCACAGCACACAUCUUGCUACUUCUCAUCCAGAACAUAAUCCUACCAACUGCAAUUAAUCAAAUCUGGAUAUGUCUAAAUGAGUUGAGUAGUCAUUACACUAAGUGUAAAUAAGAUGAUCUGUUAAGCCUAUACCUAUUGUGCCUUAUGAAACAUAUCAGCUCUUGACAUGCUUAAUUAGGAAUUCUUUAUGAUUAAUUGAAUAAUGAAAUUACUGCUACAUGUCACUGUUUUGCAAUUGUUUGUGUAAUCCUUUCUAGGUCAGGGUUGGAGGUGUAUGCUUUUGUGUACUGUCAAGACUUGUUUUAUGUAGUUGGUUUUAUCUGUUGGGGUUAUCUGCUGCAUCCUCCACUAUAUGUCUAGUGCACUGGAUCGACGUGAAAGAUCUGGGAUUGCACAUGCAAAUUACAUUUAGCACAAAUUCUGUGGGAGCUUCUGCACCAUUGCCUGAUCUUGAUAGUUCCUUUAGUGAAUCAGGCGCUGAACCAGUGCAGACAACACAUGCAAAUAAAUGCAGCUUUUACCAGGUGCAAUUCAUUAUAAGUGAAGUCCCACUUUAAUGUUGAAAUUUUUAAUAGGCUUUUGUCUUUUUCUAUUUACUGUUUGUUACGUACUAAUGUGUUUUAGAAAGAAAUAUGUGCCCUAUUACACAAAAGCACAAGAACUAGUCCAUGCUGACCUUUCUUGUUCAGUACAGUUGCAGUCUAUCCAGUCCAGUUUGUGGAUUCGGUGGACUCCUAGUGCCUUGUAGACAGUACUGCCACCACAUUAACUCCCUAAAUGAUUACUCUCUGAAGCAUUAAAAUAUUAAGUAUUUUCUUUUUCAACAAAUGUUUAUUGAAAGGAGUGGCUUAACCUUCAGAAAUGUUGAUUGUCAGGCUCGGCAGGUCAAACUAAAUAUGUGAGUGUUUUAAUUUUCAUUCAUUUUCUGUGGGGUUUGAAAUGUUUGCAACCCUGUUACCAAAAUUUGUAACUAGUCUAAAUACAGUUUUAAACCCUGAUUUCUGUGAUUUUGUAAUUUAUUAGCAAUAAACAUUAA